CCUUAUCACAUCUCAAAACCGCAUACAUAACGCAUUCGUGCAAAAUAUUUUCACUAAUCCACAAUGAAUUUUUCCGCACUUCUUUUCGUUUCGCUCUUCGUGUACGCUCAGUGCUACCCACACGAAGAGGCCAUCGACGCCUGUGAGCAAAAAUCAGGGGUUACUAAAGAAAUCCUACAGGGUCUUAAAGCAGGAAAAUACGAUAACCCAAAACUAGCGGCCUAUUUGUUGUGUGCUCAUAAGGUGAUUGGGUUUCAAAAUGAAGCAGGGGAGUUACAGGCCGACAAAAUCAAAGACCAUUUGAAGAAAACGUCUCACACUCAGGAGCAAAUAGAACGGUUGGAACAGCUGUGUCUGCACAAUAAGGAGACUCCAGAAAAAACGGCUGCAGAGUUUACAAAGUGUAGCAAUAUUUGUUUACAUGGAAACGCAAACUGAGAAAAGCGAUACCGGAAAAUGUUUAUUAUUUAGUUUUAAUAAAUAAGUAAAACAUGUAAUGUUAUUAACUGUCAAUCAUAUUUGUUUAUCUCGUGAAAUUAAUUAACAUAACAUAAAAUCGAACAAGUUGAGCUGAAAUUAUGUAUUUUCAAAGCGUGUGAUGGCCAAUAUUUUUUUGUUAUUGCUUUUAUGAAUUGAUCACAAGUUUAUAGUCCUUUGUUGAACGAUAAAUGGGUCUUGAAACAUAUUUUGAGUGACUGAUGUAUUUUAUGGUGGACAUGCGUAAUAAAACAUAAUUUGUUGCA